AUGUUUUCUGCAUAUCUUAACACGCUUGUUCCUAUUGUUUUUACAUUUCUCCUUCGAAAUGCAAAGAAGGUAAAGAAGCGAGGGGUGCCAGUCGAUGUUGGUGGGGAACCAGGGUAUACAAUCCGAAACAGUCGGUUCCCUUCCCCUGUUGAAACAUCAUGGGAAGACAUAACUACUCUUGCAGAACUUUUUGAACAGGCAUGUAAGGAACACUCCGAUAAACCCUUUCUUGGAACUAGGAAAUUGGUUUCAAGGGAGGUUGAAGUAACUGUAGAUGUAAGGUCCUUUGAGAAGCUUCAUUUGGGAGAAUACGAAUGGUUAACAUAUGCAAAAACAUUUGAAGCUAUGUGCAGUUUUGCUUCUGGAUUAAAUCAACUUGGUCAUAAAAAGGAAGAGCGUGUUGCAAUCUUUGCUGAUACGAGAGAAGAAUGGUUCAUUGCACUGCAGGCCUGCUUUAGGUGCAAUGUUACAGUGUUUAUAUGCAUCUUUAGGGAGGAGGCUUUAUGUCACUCGUUAAAUGAGACUGAAGUUACAACAGUGAUUUGUGGGAACAAAGAGCUAAAAAAGCUAAACAGCAUUAGUGGGCAACUUGACACUGUCAAACGUGUGAUCUGCAUAGAUGAUGAAUUUCCGACCAGUGCAAGUGGCAGAUGGACAAUAACUUCUUUUGCUGAUGUUGAGAGUGUUGUCGUACAAAUCCAGUUGAUACUGAUUUACCUGUUUCAGUUGAUGUUGCAGUUAUAA